AUGGCGCUAUUGUUGUUGAACGUGUCUGAAGCGGUGGCCGCAGCUGCCGCCGCCUCUCCCACGGCUGCCGUCGUGGCGGCGCACGCAGCUAGAACAGAGGGGCCGGUGCCGGCGGCGGCGGCGGCGGGGAUAGUUUCUUCGUCGGCGACCACCUUCACCGCUAUCGAACAGUCCCCGAUUCGCGUUAGGCGCCGCCGCUCCAAGAAGCGGAAAACGCCGGAGGAGGAGGAGGAGGAGGAGGAGCAGAGGGGGCUGGCCGUGGUGGCGAAGGCGGCACCACGCGAGAGCAACAAGAAGAGCGGAUUCGUGUUGGAGGACCACGCAGAACAGAAGGAGGAGUUGUUGUCGUUCUCCCGGGAGAUGAACGCCCUCGGAAGUAUUCUCCUGACGGACGGCGCCAGGGGCGACGGCGACGACAACGGCGGCGGCGGCGGAGGAGGGAGACCAGCCAAGAAGAUUGCCCGGGUGUCCCCCUCCCCGCUGGCCUUGCCGGCGGUGAUGAUGGCGACAGCGGCGGAGAAAAUCGAUCAAGAGGGGUGGGGUUGCAACAUGGCAAUGCGGCCGUCAUCACCGUCGGCGCCCUUCGCCGGCCUGGGCACCCGGCAGAGCUUGCUGAAAGUCUUUUCGCAGCGGCCGUCGCCGCCGGCGCUAACGCGCACGACGUGCGGUUCGGCGCUGCUUACUACUACCCUGCCGGUGUCCACCGGCGGUCGCGCCGCCACCGCCAGCCGCAACGUCUAGGACGCCGGGGAAGGGUCGGCGUUAGCGGGGAGGGCGUUUGCAACCAUUUCCUUCGCGCCUGGAGAACGGCGUGUCUAGGCCACAAGAGGAAAUCAGAUAGCCGGCCAAUUGAUCCACAACUAUAAUAACUGCUGUGUACCUGUCAUGGUUUGUUGAGCACAACUCCUGAGUGUGGGCGGGAGUUGAAGUUGUGGUGCCAAAUGCCCCACCCUUUUUCCAUUGUCUCUGCCGCUUUUUGUAGUGUCAGCGCGGCGAGAAUUUUGAAUAAUUUUAGUGUUCUCUUGUUCCCCUUGAUGUCCUACAGGUAGUACAUACGUUUGGCGUGCGUUUCUUCUGGGUAUGGACCAGUUGAGAAAAUAGUGUAUGAUGGUGAUCUUGGUUGUGGUAGCGGUGGUGGUGCGUGGGGGGGUAAGGCUUGCGUUUCUUUUUUCUUUUUGGCGACGCUUUGUGCGCAGUCAGCAUCCAAUUUAUCGUUCCGACAGUUGUGGAGUAUGUAGUAAAGCUCUGGUUGGACUCCUUCCGACCGUUCUUUUUACCGUAUCCGGACCCCGGAAGCAGUUAUAGAUACGAUGAUUUUUGCAGCGUUUUGUCCUGAUCAAUUCACACGCAAUUUUGUGGUACGUUCCACUUGUACGCAGUUUGUUUUGUCCCCGGCGUUUGGGGUUUGUUUUGGGAUAGUAGUAGCGUUCGAGUGAGUUCGUGCGAGAGCAUGCAUCGGGAGUCAACCUGAUGAAAAACGAACAUGUUACACCUUCUUGCGUUUAGUAGUGUGGCAUUAUUCCUCCGCCCGUUCCAUGUUUGGAUAUCCCAGAGAGAGGGGUGGAUCUGGGAAGAAGAAAUACGUUUUUCCGUGCGUUUGUCUUGGUGUGUACGUACGAUGCGCUUUCUUUGGUUAUUAGACUAGCGUGUAUUAUGGUGUAAAAUCAUACACAUUUAUUCACUUCCCCUCAUCCCACCCCAACUUACACCCCCACCCCAUACUUAUCUUUAAGAUGGGAGGGUUUUGCAUCUUGUCUUCGGUGGAAUGUAUGAAUCUAUACAUUGAUGUUCCGCUGUUUUUCCGAUACCUUCAUUGUCGUGGUAAAGAGGGGGGAACGGGGGCUGUACCAAAUUGAGUAUCGAUUCAAAGGUCCUUGUUACCCGGCCCCAUGGCCCUUGAUGGCCAUGGAAGGGGGCUUGCUUGUGGUUGAAGCGUUGAAGCGGGGUGGAGUGGGCGAGAGAGAGUAAUUUAUCUUUGUUGCAUUCGUAUGGAUGGCUGCUGGCUGUGUGCCGCGAUACUUAAUCUUUGUUGCGUUCCUAGCAUGGCUGGCUGUGCGCCGCGAUGUUUGCGACCAAUGGUGGAGGCAGCAAGAUACUCGCAUGGGCUAAUUGAAGCUGUUCUGUACAAACGAUUUGGUGUGUAUACAAUGGCGUGCGUGUAGCGGAAAACCAUGAUCGAUCUCACAUGCGAUUUCUGCUCGCUGUGGUUGUCCUUCUUGGGUAUGUAUUUCGCUGUGGGACAUGAAGUGCUU